AGAAAUUUCAUCAUGUUUGUAAAACACCCAUUACAUUUUUGUUCUAUUACCUCUUUCCAUUCAGCUCCUCUGAUUCUAAAAGCCCAGGGAUGAAGCAGUUGCCAGCAGAAACUGUCCGUCUUCUUUCAAGUUCUCAAGCGAUCACAUCAGUUGUCAGUGUAGUAAAGGAGCUGCUAGAGAAUUCCUUGGAUGCCAAUGCCACGAGUAUUGACGUUAAACUGGAGAAUUAUGGGUUUGACAAGAUAGAGGUGCGAGACAAUGGUGACGGCAUCAAAGCUGCUGAUGUUCCAGUUAUGGCAGUUAAGCAUUAUACCUCAAAAAUAAGCUGCCCUGAGGAUCUUGAAAGCUUGACCACCUAUGGUUUUCGUGGUGAAGCCUUAGGAUCAAUUUGCUGCAUAGCUGAGGUUUUGAUCACGACAAAGACAGCUGCUGAUGAUUUUAGCACCCAGUACAUUCUGGACAGCAGCGGGCAUGUAACUUCUCAGAAGCCUUCUCAUCUUGGGCAAGGUACAACUGUAACUGCACUGAAGUUGUUUAAGAAUCUUCCUGUAAGAAAACAGUUUUACUCAACAACUAAAAAAUGUAAGGAGGAAUUAAAAAAAAUCCAAGACCUUUUGAUGGCGUAUGGUAUCAUAAAGCCAGAACUACGGAUAAUGUUUACACAUAACAAGGCAGUUAUUUGGCAAAAGACCAGGGUGUCGGAUCACAAAAUGUCCUUUAUGUCAGUUCUGGGAACUGCCGGUAUGGGCAGUAUGAUACCUUUUCAACAUUGCUGUGAAGAUCCUGAGGUAUUGCUCUCUGGAUUUCUUCCAAAACCUGAGUCAGACAAUUCUUUGACAAGUCUUUCGAGUUCUGAAAGGAGUUUCAUCUUUAUAAACAAUCGGCCAGUACAUCAGAAGGAAAUAUUAAAGCUGAUUCGGCAGCACUAUAAUCUGAAGUCACAUAAGGAUUCUUCUCGUUCCUACCCUGUUUUCUUUAUUAAUAUUACCGUACCUGCCUCCGCUGUGGAUGUUAAUUUAACACCUGAUAAAACUCAAGUUUUACUUCACAAUAAGGAAUCUGUAUUAUCUGCUGUUGAAAAUGUAUUGACAUCGCUGUAUGGGCCACUAUCUGGUACAGUUUCUUGUGAAAUGAAUAAAACAGAUGUUACCUCAGUGGACAUGGUUGUUAAUGAAACAGCACAAACAGACGUGCUUGUUAAUAAAAUUGAACCAUCUGGAAACAGUGAUCCACGUACAUAUACUUCAUUCUUUUCAUUCAGUAAUGAUGUGCAAAAUGGUCAAGCAGGAAAAAACACAGAGGUCUGCUUAAAGCAUCAAGGAUUUUCUAGUGAUAAUACUCAUGGUUUCCUCAACAGAAAAGAAGUUUCUGGCACUGACGUGACUGUGAGUGAUAUACCUCAAGACAGUUCCAUAAAUAAUGUAUCAUGUGACGACAGCCAGGAUGGAUAUAGUGUAACAUUAACCCUAAAUGGCAGUACUCACAUGGACACUCAAUCUAAAAACAGAAGUGAGCAUCCUUUGAAAGCUGGUCACACUAAUGAAAUACAAAAAAAUGAGGCAAAUAUAGUCCCUGAAUAUGUAUCUGAAAUCUCUGCUGAUAAUUGGAGCAUGGGAAAUGCACUUAAAAAUCCUACAGGAGAGAACCUGGAACCUGUAAAGAUUUUGGUACCUGAAGUAGGAGCAAUAACAAAUCACAUGGCCAAUGAAAAUAUUGAUGAACAAGAUCCUGAUCAGCAGAGUCCAAAUCAAAGUAUAAAAAAAUCAAAUGUGGUUAAUGAUAAAGCAGGACAGAUCAUGGCCUAUGAUUUAAUUAGUAACAAAAUAAUACGGAAACCCAUGUCAGCAGUGGCCUUGUUCACCCAAGAAUAUCGUUCUGGAUUAUUAACAGAUAAUCCAAAAGCUAAUAUGGAGAACUUGAUGAAAAGUGAAGAACUAUGGGAGAAACUGAGCAGAGAGCAGAAAAAGAAGUAUGAAGAAAAAGCCACUAAAGAUCUGGAACGAUACAACAGACAAACCAAGAAAGCUGCAGAGCAGAGAAUACAGAAGUCAACAAAAGAGACAGAAAAAAGAUACAAGCCCAAACUAAAGACUUCUCUUUGUGACCAGCAGAAACUUGACAAACUUUUUCAGUCUCAAAUUGAAAAGAAACAGCAAUAUAACCAAGCUAUGAAAAUUGUACAGGUGCCCUUUUCUAUGAGCUCUUUCAAACAUAAACUUCAAAGGCUUGAGAAGAGAAAUUCUGAUAAACAUGAAUCUUGUCUAAUCUGUCACCUGAGUUUUCCUGAUGCAUGGAUAAUUGCUUCUGAAAAAAAUAUCAUGUUGCUAAAUCCCUAUAGAGUGGAAGAAGCCCUACUUUAUAAGAAACUAUUGGAAAAACACAAACUUCCUGCAGAGAAACUGGACAAGCCAAUUGUAUUAACUGACAGUCUUUUGAGCGGAUCUCAUUAUAUGGACUGUCUCUACAGUAUGCCAAAGGAUUGCCAAAAAUUAAAUGGAUCAACUUACUUGACAGAUCCAAGGCUUAUAGCAAAUGGUUUUAGGAUAAAAAUGAUACCUGGAUCUUCAACUACAGAAAACCAGCUGGAAAUAGAAGGAAUGGCUAAUUGUCUGCCAUUCUAUGGUAUAUCAGACUUAAAAGAAAUUCUGAAUGCUGUGAUAAAUAAAAAUGCAAAGGAAGUACAUGAAUGUAGACCUCUCAAAGUGAUAAACUACUUGGAGGGAGAAGCAGUGCGUAUGUCUCGGCAGCUACCCUUGUAUUUGUCAAAAGAGGAUGUAGAGGACACAAUUCACAGGAUGAAGCAACAGCUUGGAAAUGAAAAUAAAGGCUGUGUUCAUGGUCGUCCGUUUUUUCAUCACUUAACAGAUAUUCCAGAAGUUAAAUAACAAACACAAAUCCAAGAAAGUUACUCAGUAAAAUAGAACAUUUUGUUUAAUUUUGUAUUUCUCCUCCUUAAUUAUGACCCAUGCUCUGUAUUGUCAGCCUGUUUUCUACAAAAUUUUUAUACAACAGCAUUUUGGUUUCUUAAGUUCAUCAUCUUUUUGUUUUUUUAAAGUUUAGCUACUGUUUGUAAACUGAAAAUAAAAUAUGAAUAAUGUA